AUCUUAAAUUAAUUCAAAUUCUCUUUUCUUCUCUUCCUUCUGCAUGGAUAACCACAUUUCAAUACUUCUUGCAUUAAUGCUCUCCUUUCAUUUUAGAUUAGCAAAUUGUGGCAGUAAUUACACCUCAAUUUGCAUCCAAACACCUUACCCUGAACUCUGCAAUUCUCUCAUCACCACCAUCCCUCAGACAACCUUGGACCGAGAUCAGUUCAAUUUACGGGACAUUAGCCUUAGGGAGACCCUAGCUCAAGCUCGCAAUGCCAACAAGCUCAUUUCAGACAUGGACCUAACUUCAUUCGAUGAAUUGGGUAAAUCAGCUUGGGCUGACUGUCUGGAGCUCUAUGAAGACACCAUUGAUCAGCUCAACCGCUCGUCGGGCAGGGGAACGGGUGCGGUCGAUGCACAAACAUGGCUGAGUGCAGCAAUCGCCAAUGAGAAAACAUGCAAAACCGGAUUUCUUGAUAUGAAGUUAUUCUCUCAGUUGAAAUCCUUCAAUCUCAUGCUGAGUGAUGAUGACUUUCCGAAAUUCUUGAGAAAUUCACUUGCGAUCAUUAAGGCCAUGAACGUCAGAGAACGUCGUUUGUUGUCCGAUGAGCGUAAUUUCCCUGAUUGGGUUUCAGCCGGUAACCGGAAAAUAUUGGUUGAAACAUCGGGUGGAUCGAUAAAGGCUGAUAUCGUGGUGGCGGAAGAUGGUUCUGGGGACUAUAGGACUAUUUCUGACGCUCUGGCUGCAGCUGCUAAGCAAAGGAAUGGGACUAAGAGGUUUGUUAUAUAUGUUAAGAGGGGUGUUUACAAGGAAAAUGUGGAGGUGAAGAAAUCUAUGAAGAAUUUAAUGUUCGUUGGAGAUGGAAUUGAUGCGACAAUUGUUACUGGGAGCAAGAAUGUCCAAGAUGGUUCCACCACCUUUCGUUCUGCGACUUUUGCUAUCUCCGGUGAUGGCUUCAUAGCACGGGACAUGACAUUCGAGAACACGGCCGGAGCCCACAAGCACCAAGCUGUCGCCCUACGUUCCAGUUCCGAUUUCUCAAUUUUCUACAGAUGCAGCUUUAAGGGCUAUCAGGACACCUUAUACGUCCACUCUCAACGACAGUUUUAUCGCGACUGUGACAUAUACGGGACAAUAGACUUCAUCUUUGGCGAUGCAGUUGCAGUCCUCCAAAACUGCAACAUUUACGUCAGAAAACCUAUGCCGAAUCAGAAAAACACAGUCACAGCCCAAGGAAGAUCAGACCCUAAUGAGAACACAGGCAUUAUCAUCCACAAUUCCCAUGUUAGGGCAUUCUCAGACCUAAGACCUGUCCAAGAUUCAUACAGAAGUUACUUAGGUAGGCCUUGGAGGAAAUAUUCAAGAACGGUGUUCAUGAAAUGUACGAUUGAAGGGUUGAUUGAUCCGGCGGGAUGGCUUCCGUGGAGUGGAGCUUUCGGUCUGAGUACUUUGUAUUAUGGGGAGUACAUGAAUACUGGUUCCGGUGCAAGAACUAAUGGGAGGGUCAAAUGGCCUGGAUUUCACGUUAUAACAAGCCCUGCUGAGGCCGGAAAAUUCUCCGCUGGUAAGUUUUUGGCCGGAGAGGAUUAGGCCGCCGGUGUGCCGUUCACGGCUGGCCUGUGACAGGAAAGAGUUAGGUUAUUGGUGGUUUUGGUUUUCUCGCUUAAAGUAAUUUGUGAAAAGAUGGUUCUUUUUAUUAAUUAGGAAAGUGACUUAUAAUUGUAUUAUACAUAUAAAAAAAUUUUUGAUUCGGAUCAAGUUUGGCCAAAUAAAACCAAUCAUAAAAUAAGUGUAAUACACUUGCUAUUUGAUUGAUCAUUUUUUCUUAACUGUACACCAUCACAUGGCAAGCGUAUUGUACUUGUCAUAUGAUUUAUUCAAAUUUGGCCGAACCAAAUUUCGAUUAGAAAUUCCCUAUAUAUAUAUAU